UACUGUUGUUGUGGCCAGCAACAAAAACAACAAUUAGCUGGGAAGUGCAAGUCAAUUGAUAGCCAACUGAAUUGGUAUUAACUAAGUUUAGGCGUUUAGAUUAGUUUGAAUACUCAGCGGGUGGUAAGAUGCAAAGUGUUCUGAACACCGUGAAAGGAACGGCGCUGAACGUAGCCGAAUAUCUUACGCCUGUUUUAAAGGAAUCGAAAUUCCGGGAGACAGGUGUUCUCACCCCAGAAGAGUUUGUGGCUGCUGGGGAUCAUUUGGUGCAUCAUUGUCCGACUUGGCAAUGGGCUGCCGGUGAUGAAACCAAAACAAAACCCUAUUUACCCAAAGAUAAGCAAUUCCUGAUAACCCGCAAUGUGCCGUGCUAUCGACGUUGCAAACAAAUGGAAUACGUGGGUGAGGAGACCCUGGUGGAGGAGGAAUCCGGCGACGGUGGUUGGGUGGAGACCCAUCAGUUGAAUGAUGAUGGCUCUACACAGUUGGAGGACAAAAUCUGUGAACUGACAAUGGAGGAGACCAAGGACGAAAUGCAGACUCCGGACAGCGAUAAAUCGGCCCCGGGAGUUGGGGCUGGAGCCGAAGCCGAGGACGAAGACGACGACGAAGCCAUAGACAUGGACGACUUCGAGGAGAGCGGCAUGCUGGAUUUGGUUGACCCUGCCGUGGCCACUACUACGCGGAAAGCUGAGCCAGAAGCCAAGGCCAGCCCUGGAGCAGCUGGAGCAACAGGCGAAGCCGAAGCAACCGGCGAUUCAGUGCUGCAUACACGCACCUACGACCUGCACAUCACAUACGAUAAAUACUACCAGACGCCCCGGCUCUGGGUGGUUGGAUACGACGAGCAGCGCAAACCCUUGACCGUCGAGCAGAUGUACGAGGAUGUGUCACAGGACCACGCCAAAAAGACAGUCACCAUGGAGUCGCAUCCGCAUCUUCCGGGUCCAAAUAUGGCAUCGGUCCAUCCCUGCCGGCAUGCGGACAUCAUGAAGAAGAUCAUUCAGACUGUGGAGGAGGGCGGCGGUCAGCUGGGAGUGCAUUUAUAUUUGAUAAUUUUCCUGAAAUUCGUUCAGACCGUCAUCCCAACCAUUGAAUACGAUUUUACGCAAAACUUUAACAUGUCUUAAACCCCUUUAGAUUGACGCAAUGAAGUGUAUGUAGCGUAUAAACUGCAAGAUUGUAAGCUAAAAGAUCGAAUAAAGUUUUGAGCAAACUGCACACAUCCAAAAA